ACUCUCUUUUUCUUUGCCCAUGACUGCUCCCAGAAGUCUGUCGUAACCUUUCUCGUUUAUAUUCGUCCUUCAAAUCAAAUCAAUAUUAUUAAUUUUUCUCAUUAUAACUAUUUAAUAAAUCAUGCCUACUGUGUUUAAACCUGCAGUUGACGUUUCUCCGCUCAUUAGGUUCGGACGAUGGAGUUUCCUGUUAGCCGGCAUAGCUUAUGGUGCAUUUUGGCAAAGCAGAUAUGAAAAGUAUGAACUGAGCGUUAAGGACGUUAAGCUGAGGGAGAAGGCUGAGAGAGAUGCCAGGAUCGCCCACGAAAAGCAAAUGGCCGCAGCUCGUGAAAUACAAGAGUUGGAGAAGAUGGGUAGAGGCGGCAACUAAACUUUUACAUUCAUCUCAUCCCAUAUUGUAGCAAUUAUAAAAUGUGUUGUUAAUAAAGUCAUUCUGUGUUUAUAA